AUGGUGUCCUCUCAAGCCUCCCCGUCUCCCGGAGGGUUAAAGCGGAGACCGAAACGGAAUCUGACGAUUCCGGUUCUACUUGGCAGUCGCCCUGGCAAGCGACCUCGAUUCACCUUGCAGAACCACGGUGACCUCAUCAGGGAGUUGCGAGGCAUGUGCUGGGGGAAAUUUGAGAUUGUGAACAUGGACAUGAAGAUGGGGGCAAGCCUGAAGAUCAAGGGCAAGAUCGCUGACAGUGCUAAUGGCUUUGUGAUUAAUUUGGGCCAGGGGACAGAUAAACUGAACCUGCAUUUCAACCCACGCUUUGGUGAAUCCACCAUCGUCUGCAACUCACGCGAUGGCAACAGCUGGGGGGCGGAGCAACGGGACAAUCACAUGUGCUUCAGCCCAGGGUCAGAAGUCAAGCUCAUCGUGACCUUUGAGAACAAUGAAUUCAAGGUGAAGCUGCCAGAUGGGCACCAGUUGACCUUUCCCAACAGGCUGGGCCACAGCCACCUGAGCUACCUGGGUGUGCAGAACUUCAUCGUCUCCUCCUUCAAGCUAGAGUGA